UGCGCCACAGCGCAUCCAGCAGUGUCACACUGAUGAAGCGCGUCUACUGACCCUGACAGCCCAAACCUUCCCUCCGUAAAAGCACGAAAUGCCUGCAAACACCUGGCUGGAUUUCGCGGAGGCGGUCUGUUCUCCGUGUUCCUUUUACGCUCUGUCUCAGCGUUGCUUUUGCUAGGAACGCGACGUCCUGGAUGCGUUAUCUCCAGUGACGCUGAUGUGAAGCGCAGUUCGCUGAAGCCAUGUGAAGAGCGGACAUGUCUCUUGUCGGGAGCACCGGAGGCAAAACGCGAGUCCAGUAGAGGAACAGUGCUCGCACUUUAUUGGAGAGCAAAAAAGAUCCAUCCAUGAGGAGACGAAGAGAGAAGAGAUGGUAGAGAAUGGCUGCACCUGACCUUCUUGACCCAAAGGCUGCCGCCCACAACUCCAAGCCUCGCCUGUCGUUUUCAACCAAACCAGUGGUGCUGAACACCCCAGAGGACGAGUGCGACACUCGGACUACGGUCAUGAGGUGGAAGACCGUAUCAGCUAUCUUUUUCCUGGUGGUGUUGUACCUUAUCAUUGGGGCAACAGUGUUCAGAGCGCUUGAACAGCCUCACGAGAGCUCCCAGAAACUGGCCAUUCUAACUCAAAAGCUGGACUUCUUGGUUGCGCAUGCUUGUGUAAACUCCUCGGAGUUGGAAGAGCUGGUCCGGCAAGUGGUUAUAGCAAUUCGAGAAGGUGUGAACCCUUCAGGAAAUUCAUCCAAUCAGACGAGCCUCUGGGACAUGAGUUCCUCCUUUUUCUUCGCUGGGACUGUUAUCACCACCAUCGGAUUUGGGAACAUCUCUCCUCACACAGAAGGUGGGCGGAUCUUCUGUAUAAUCUAUGCCCUGCUGGGGAUUCCCCUAUUUGGAUUCUUAUUGGCUGGUGUCGGGGACCAGUUGGGAACUAUUUUUGGGAAGGGCAUUGCCAAAGUAGAGAAGAUGAUCGUGAAGUGGAAAGUCAGCCAGACAAAGAUUCGCGUCAUCUCCACGCUACUCUUUAUCCUGUUCGGGUGCCUCAUCUUCGUGGCCCUGCCAGCCGUCAUCUUCAAGCACAUCGAAGAUUGGAGCACUCUCGAGUCCAUCUACUUUGUCGUCAUCACGCUCACCACCAUCGGCUUUGGAGACUUUGUCGCUGGAGAAAAAGGUGGGUUCGAGAAACCAGAAUACCUUGAUUACUAUAAACCCGUGGUGCUCUUCUGGAUUUUGGUGGGCUUGGCAUACUUUGCUGCAGUGCUAAGUAUGAUCGGAGACUGGUUUCGGGUUAUCUCCAAGAAAACUAAAGAAGAGGUUGGGGAGUUUCGUGCACAUGCAGCAGAAUGGACUGCAAAUGUGUCAGCAGAGUUCAAAGAGACCCGCAGGCGACUCAGUGUUGACAUUUAUGACAAGUUUCAGCGUGCUGCAUCCAUCAAGCGCAAGCUGUCAUCUGAGCUGGGUAUUAAUGCGUCCAUCAACCAGGAAAUGACCCCUGGCAAGAGGACACUGUCAGCUAACUUUUGUGAGGACAGAGAGGGUUAUCCCACAGUGAAUCUUUCCCUCAGUCCUGUCCCGGGGGCCCUGGCGAGGAACGGCAGCCUUUAUCUAAACGGCCUCAGUCCAGAAUACGCCGACCGACAGGAGAUCGCCAUCAUCGAAAACCUUAAAUGAGGAGCAGCGUGAAUAAUAAGAUUUGGGGAGCUGUGUAAAAUACAUCUAGCCACUGACAGAGAUUACAGAUACAAACAUGCUUUUGUGUUCAUUCACAGAGCAUCACUGAUGACAUACCCAAACACAUUUGUUAAGUAGACUGUGUUCCAACCAUCGCAUAAAUCAGUCAUGAAGCCAUGUACCUUCAUGUGUGUGAGCCUCACACAUAAAAACACACAGUUUGGAU